AUGCCGUGGCUCCUGCCUACUGCCUUAAAGAAUUUUCAACUUCUGCCCAGCACAGAUCUGGAGCUCAGCCUUGGGAACCCAUCCAGUACUCCAGGUUUUCAUCCAGUGUCUCCGGUAAAUUUCUCAUCUUGUUUUCCGGCAGAGUUCGGAUCCCUCCACCAGGCUCUGAAGAUGUUAUGGCAGAACCUCCAUCAGUUUGGCCAGAAGCUGGUUCGCCGGCGGCCCCUGGCGGCAAGUGAACAGUCUGAAUCUUCCUUGUCUCGAUGUCUGACCACUUUGGACCUUGUGGCCUUGGGUGUGGGCAGUACCCUGGGAGCAGGCGUGUAUGUCCUGGCCGGGGAGGUGGCCAGAGAGAAAGCUGGGCCGUCCAUCAUCAUCUGCUUCUUAAUUGCUGCCCUGUCUUCAGUGAUGUCUGGACUCUGUUAUGCGGAGUUUGGAGCCAGGGUACCGUGUUCAGGUUCCGCUUAUCUCUACAGCUAUGUUACAGUGGGCCAGCUGCUGGCUUUCAUCACUGGCUGGAACCUCAUACUCAACUAUGUCAUUGGAGCAGCCAGUGUGGCUCGGGCCUGGAGUGCAGCUUUUGAUGGCCUCAUAGGGAACCAUAUCUCCCAAGCCCUACAGACGACUUUCCCUAUCCAAGUGCCCAGCUUUCUGGCCAAGUAUCCAGACUUUUUUGCACUUGGUCUGGUGCUAGUCCUCACUGGAAUCCUGGCCCUGGGAGCACGAGAGUCAGCCAUGGUCACUAGGGUUUUCACAGGAGUGAAUCUUUUGGUGCUGUGUUUUGUCUCCCUCUCUGGCUUCAUUAACGGCAAGCUACACAACUGGCAGCUCACAGAGGAUGACUACAAACUGGCUUUGUCAGAGACCAACAGCACUGACAGCUUGGGACCACUGGGCUCUGGAGGGUUCAUGCCUUUUGGCUUGACGGGGAUUCUUCGUGGUACAGCCACAUGUUUCUUCGCCUUCAUUGGGUUUGACUGUAUUGCGAGUACAGGGGAAGAGGCCCGCUGUCCCCAGCGUUCCAUCCCAUUGGGCAUCGUGAUCUCACUCUUCAUUUGCUUUCUGAUGUAUUUUGGUGUUUCAUCCGCACUCACCCUCAUGAUGCCCUACUACCAGAUUAACAUCAACAGCCCCUUGCCCCAGGCAUUUAUCCAUGUUGGAUGGGGCCCUGCUCGCUAUGCAGUAGCUGUGGGAACCUUAUGUGCCCUUUCAUCCAGCCUCAUAGGUUCCAUUUUCCCAGUGCCUCGGGUGGUGUAUUCCAUGGCAGAGGAUGGGCUCCUGUUCCGGAAACUUGCCCAGGUUCAUCCUCGAACACACACCCCGGUCCUAGCCACGGUCCUUUGUGGAGUCAUUGCAGCAUUCAUGGCUUUCCUUGUUGAGCUCAGUGAUCUGGUGGACCUCUCAUCCAUAGGGACUUUGCUCGCCUAUUCUUUGGUGGCCUUCUCUGUUCUUGUCCUCAGGUACCAGCCAGACCAGACCUUAAGCUCUUGUAAGAAGGAGAAAUCUGACAGUAUGGCUGUUGAGCUGGAGCCUGGGCUUGAACUUUCUUCAUGCAUGGAGCCUAUGUCUCCAGAAGGGACUCCAGGGAUUGCAAGGGGACUCUGUAUGCCCACGGACACCACCCCAACUCUGAGAUCUGGCCGGAUCGUCUAUGGAUGUGCUUCCCUGCUUGCCCUCCUUCUGAUGUUCCUGUGCCUGAUCCUGGUCCAGUGGUCCACACAGCUGUUCUCCGGUAACCCAGUUUUGAUAGCUGUGGCUGUUUUACUGUUUCUUCUUACUGUUGGGGUGGUCAUUGUCAUCUGGAGACAGCCUCAGAGCACCAUUCCUCUCCACUUUAAGGUUCCAGCCCUGCCUGUGCUUCCUGCACUGAGUAUCUUUGUGAACAUCUACCUGAUGAUGCAAAUGACUACUGGGACCUGGAUUCGCUUUGGUAUCUGGAUGGUGAUUGGAUUUGCUAUCUACUUUGGAUAUGGGAUCCAGCACAGCUUGGAAGAGAAGAAUGACCAACAGCCUACAGCCUCAAGCUCCCAGACUCCCCAGGAACAUACUCCUAGUGCUGAAUUACCUUAA